AUGGAUGGUCCCGGCGGAAGUUCUUCAGGUAUGAUGAAUUUUGGAGAUCAAAAUAAUAGUAAUAAUGGGUUAUGUUCUUCCAUGAUGAUGAUGAUGCCUUUAAUGUCUUCUCACCACCACCACCAUCAAGGAGAUGCAUGUAAUCCAUUUCCUCCUCUUCCUUCUCCUAAUUACACUACCAACAACAUCAACAACACCAACACUUCUUCUUCUUCUAACCCUAUUUGUUACUUCAUGGAUGAACACACCACCACCACCACCACCACCAACAACAACGAUCAUGGGUGUUGUAAUGCAAAUUCGUCUUCUUGUGAAUUGAAGGCCAAAAUUAUGGGUCAUCCUCACUACCACCGCCUUCUUGCUGCCUAUGUCAAUUGUCGAAAGGUGGGGGCGCCGCCGGAUGUGGUGGCGAGGCUUGAAGGAGCGUGUGCAUCUGCACUCACAAUGAGUGGUACGUCUUGUACGGGGUGUAUUGGUGAAGAUCCGGCUCUUGACCAGUUCAUGGAAGCUUACUGCGAGAUGCUCACUAAAUAUGAACAAGAACUUUCCAAACCCUUUAGGGAUGCCAUGCUUUUUCUUCACCGAAUCGAGUGCCAAUUCAAAGCCCUCUCUAUUUCAUCCUCCGACGCUGUUUGUGGUGAGGCAUUUGAAAGGAAUGGUUCGUCUGAAGAGGAAGUUGAUAUCAAUGGGCACUCUAUCGACCCUCAAGCCGAAGACCGCGAACUGAAAGGUCAGCUCCUCCGCAAGUACAGUGGAUGCUUGGGCAGUCUGAAGCAAGAAUUCAUGAAGAAAAGGAAGAAAGGGAAGCUGCCUAAGGAGGCCAGACAACAGCUCCUUGACUGGUGGAGUAGACAUUACAAGUGGCCUUAUCCAUCUGAAUCACAGAAGCUAGCCUUGGCUCAAUCAACAGGGUUGGAUCAAAAGCAAAUCAACAACUGGUUCAUCAACCAAAGGAAAAGGCACUGGAAACCCUCUGAAGAUAUGCAGUUCGUGGUGAUGGAUGGUGGGCAUCCGCAGUAUUACAUGGACACCGUGUUGGGCAAUCCUUUUCCCUUGGAUAUCUCUCCCACUCUGCUCUAAUAAAUUAAUUUCCAGAUUGUUGUGAUUUUAAUAUACCAUGCCUUUUCUUUUCCUCUUCUUUUGUGUAUCAAUGUUUGAGGAAUCAUCCAACUUGUUUGGGCACCAACAUAU